AUGGACAAUGAUUUUCAACUCUUCUCUCCCCGCCGCCACUCUGGUGGGGAUGAGUCUCGAGGAAUGUAUUCACAGCCAGAGAAUCCCGGCCAAGAUUGGACCCAAUGGAUGCGAUGGGAUGAGCCCAUGUUCGCCGACAACGACUCGAAGCACAUGGAAAGACCAUUGGACCUCCCCUUCGUCUCCCCAAACACCACCUCCAGCUCCCCAGGCCAGCUUCACUCGACGGAUUUCUCUCCGAAUCUCCCGCUGGGUCUUAUGGAGAUACCAUCCGGCCAUCACAAUGGAUUGAAUGGCAACAGCUGUAUCAAUGGCCCACAAUCUUUGACCCCUCCAGGCCAUCAACAAUUAGGCCUAGUGUCCCCAAUCUCCAGUGUCGGCACGAGCCGGAAGCGAAAGACCGGCAGCGACGACGACGCCACCACAGUCACUGGACCUGUUCAAUCCGGCAAAAAGAUGCCCGCGAAGAAGCGUGCUCACAAUGUCAUCGAGAAAAGAUAUCGAGCCAACCUCAACGAGAAGAUUGCAGAGCUACGUGAUAGUGUGCCGAGCCUUCGAGCGACGAGAAAUGCCAACGGAGACUCAAAUGAGGACGAUGAAGACGCCGACGGUGCCACACCCGCAAACAAACUCAAUAAAGCUUCAAUCCUGUCGAAAGCAACGGAGUACAUCAAACACCUUGAGAUCCGAAACAAACGUUUGGAAGAUGAGAACACCGCCUUGAAGAACCGACUCCGUCAAGUGGAUAAGGCAGCUGAUCAGGCGGUUACCUCGAGUGCGUCUGUAUCUUCGCCUAGCAACUACACUGCUUCCAGCGAUUCGGGGACCUCGCCGAGCGUGUUCUCAAAUCCCGAGGAAAUUAGUGAAGCUUCCCCAGCUUCAACGAAUCCACCAGAGGGCCUGAUUAAGGUCCCUGAUGCGUUCAAGCGCAUGCGAGAGGAGGGUGCAAAAAGUGGAGGAAUUUUCUCGCAGUCGUACAUCCAGUCCACACCCCGAGCCUCGGAUUACGGUCGCGAGGAGGGUUCUCGCCGACGGUCAAAGAUGCCUAACAAGUAUAUGCUCGGUGCUCUGGCUGGCCUGAUGGUUCUGGAGGGCUUCGGGUCAGACAAAUCCGAGACCGAGCAAAAGGGACUGAUGGCUGUGCCUCUGAAUCUGCUCAAUCGCCUUCGAGUUCCCAACCUUCCCUACCUUGAGUAUUAUAUGAAGAGUUUCUGGUCUUCAUGGCACACUCGAGCUAUCUUUCAUGUUCUUCUACUUGCCACUUUGAUUGUUGGAAGCGCCUUCAUCGUCUUCGUCUACUUGUUUAAUGCUCAGCCCACCACGCAGCGCGCUCAUGGGAAAACUGUUGCCGAGGGCAAGACUGCACCGUCCUCGUCAAGCGACUUCCGCCGGCAGGCCUGGCUGACAAGUAUGCAACGAGUCGGUGUUCCGCGUCACAGGUUUUUCCGUGAGUGGUACGUGGUGACCUCGAGAUGCUUCGAGUACGUCCUGCGAUGCUUCAUGGGUUGGAAACUCUACUCGUGGGCUACUGGUAUCACAGAAGAAGAUGAAAAGGGUCGUGUCAAAACAUGGGAUAUUGCCAUUGAUGCUCAGCUUACGGGCGGUGAUAUUGAAAUCAGCAAAAGCCGUCUUGUGCUUACCAUCUUCGCCGCCGGUACCCUGCCUCGAAGCCCCAUGCGAAUGAUGCUCAAGGCCUUGCACGUUCGCAUUCUGCUAUGGCGUGUCGGUGAACCCGGGUCAUGGACCUUCCACGUUUCGAACGACAUUGCUCGCGCGCUGGCUAAAUACCAGUGGGCAGUUGCAAGGGAUAUCAACGAUGCUUUGCCCGAAGGCCACCCCGACCAACUUCCGAGCCACUUGGCUGCCCUCCUCAAGCUCGACUGCGAAGACGUGAUGAUUGACAGUAUCAUCCAGCGUGCAGUCAACCUUACCUGGAACAGACCCACACAAGAAGGUGCUGCUGAUGACGAAGUGCUGCUCGAUGUCGUGGAAGAGGACCCUGCAAUCCAGUGCUCCGUCGAUGCUCUUGCUGCUUGGUGGUCCAGUCAUCUCCUUCAGAAUGCGCUCCUCAAAUACCUGGAGGCAAGCGAAGGUGCUCCGGCAUCCAAGGUCAGCCGUGACUGUUUCAAGGAGAAGAUUCGGAUGGCCCUCGAUGCGGCUCCUCGUCUCUCCGCAGCUCAUACCCGUGCUCUUGUCAUGAAGGCAGUCUUCUUCGAGCAGGGUCGAGUGCAGAAUGUCAGCGCCGUUCUAGCGGCCCUCCCCAAAGAUAAGGGUAAAGGGGAGAAGAACCACGCUGCCAACUUCCUCGAUUCCUCCCUUCCUGUUUCUGUUCGUGAUGAAAUAUCCGUUGCCGUGCGCUGUGCAAUGAUUGCAGCGAUAGUAGCCUCUCGCUCUGCGGGGGAGACUUCUCUUCCUGCGUCAUUCACCAUGCAUAAGGCGAUCAACUGGUUCAAUCAGCUUCCGAUUGACCCCGUCGAACUAAGCCUGCUCGGAUUCUCCGCUGUCUACCACCUGUUGCACCUACUGGCCUCUGAUGUCGACUACAUUGCAUCAUCUGACUCCUCUGCCCCGUCUUCCCCAGUCUCGGAAGCCGGCUCCUCUGCAGAUGACGAGGCAGAAGAAAAGCCUCGCUCCGUCGGACGCAAGAUUGCCAUCUGUCCUCGCGAUAUUCCAAACCUGGGUCGUGUCGCAGCGGAGCUCAUCUACUGGGCACGCAACGCGUAUAACCCAGCCUUCUAUGGCUUCUCGUCUAGUCUUGUCGAUGUGAUUGUCAAGUCUUGCACCGCACUUUGCUCCGAGGCCGGCAUCAACGUGGAUGACUAUCUGGAAGUCGCGCCCGAGCCGCUCCCCUCCCGGAGACGGCGUCACCGUCGUCGACGAGGAGGAUCCGACCAGUCUCUCCAAAGCGAUGCAGACCACGACGUGCUAGACCCGCGUAUGGGGAAACCCCUCCAGCGCGAACGGUCUGCGAGCAAUGACACUGGAUAUGGCAGCCUCAGCCUGGAGGAGGAACCCCAGUCUGUUGCCAAGGUGCCUGAAAGUGUGUUGGAGUGUUCAACUUAG